AUGACUCAAGCAACUCGCGGCUCACGCGAUUAUCCCCUCUCGCUUCUUCGUCAGUGGAACAAAUUCCACAAACUGCCUGAUCCAACGUCAUCCAGAAGCGACACACUGGUACACAACCUGUCGUCAAAGGAACUGACGAAGGAGCAAGCACAGGUUUUACGGCACGAAGCCUCAUUCAACACAGCUGACGCCAAACCUGUCAACAUGAUUGCAGCAGUGGAAUCGGUCAUUUAUCGGACGGAAGCGGCGGAGGAGACGAAGAACCUUAUCCGACACCAAGUUACGUCCCUCCUUAUGACUCACAAGCCGCGCGAAACACUCACAAAGGUCGAACGUGAUGCACUGAGAGAACUCAAGGCCGACAAGGACAUCGUCAUUGUGCCCGCGGACAAGGGGCGUUCCACCGUCCUACUGGACAGAACAGACUACCUUCAGAAGGCCAAAAACCUACUGGAGGAUCGCCAGUUCUAUGUCCCAUGUGAAACCAACCCCAUAAAAACGCUGACUCGCGAAAUUAAUGUAACACUGUUGGCACUGGAGAACUCGGGUGCAAUAACAGCGACCGACCGACGCAAGGCGAGAGCCCAAGAAACGGCUUUGGCCCGAUUCUAUGGUCUCGGACAUGCCCAAGUCCUUCAGCUCCUAAAGUUCUGUCUCAGGACGUACUUCACGUUUGACGGAACAAUCUACGAGCAAGUGAAGGGAACACCAAUGGGCUCGCCGAUUUCGGGAUUCAUCGCCGAGGCGGUGCUACAGCGGUUGGAGUCGCUGGUCUUCCAACACCACAGACCGAAAUUCUGGGCUCGGUAUGUGGACGAUACCUUCGUCGUCAUCGAACGGGAUCAGGUGCUAACGUUCAAAGAACGUCUCAACAGCGUCUUCCCGGACAUACAAUUCACGAUGGAGGAGGAAGAGAAUAACCAGCUGGCAUUCCUUGAUGUCCUCGUCUGUCGCAAAGAUUUUGGUGGCCUUAAGACCAAAGUGUUCAGAAAAGCAACGAACACGACGCAAAUUCUGAAUUUCAACAGUAACCACCCAAUCAGCCACAAACGCAGUUGCGUAAGAACGCUAUUUCGGCGUGUUGAGACGCACUGCAGUGAACCGGAAGACAAGGUUGCCGAAUCCCAAUAUCUUCGACGGGUUUUCCGAGAAAACGGUUACCCGCGCAACUUCGUCAACCAGUGCCUGCGCAAACGAGACGAGCGACAAAAUCGCGCCGACCCCAAAUUCUGGCGAGCGAUCCCGUACAUCAAGAACGUCUCCGAGGCCGUUAGCCGCCUUCUUGCACCACUUGGGGUUGGAGUUGCGCACAGACCGGAGGCCACCAUGAGGCGUCAAGUGAUGAGACCAAAAGACCCACUGCCACGGCAAGAAACAUCUGGAGUCGUUUACCGGAUCUGGUGCAGUUGCGGACAAAGCAACUACGUCGAAGAAACUGGAAGACUACUCCGGACGCGAAUCGCCGAACACGUGGCAGCUGUACGGAGAAAUAUCGCCAACUCUCAGGUCGCGGCCCAUUCGACGAAACCCGGCCACACAUUCAAGUUCGAUGAGGCCGAAAUUCUCGCGGGAGGGGAUAAUCGCGUGAGCCGCGAGUUGCUUGAGUCAUGGUUCACGGGACCUCAGUCUAUCAACAAGUGCAACGACAUCCCCACUCCAUAUUCUGUCCUGAGGCAUAGACUGGCCAAAGCAAUUGACCACUCGAGGAGUGCGCAAGCACGUGAGCCAGAUGGCCGAGCAAUCAUCACGCCAGCAUCCAACACGGGUGAUGAGAUGUCAGCAGUUAACAACUUGCAUGCCGGCCAUCAAGCAAUUAGCGCAACAGCGGGCAACAAUCCUUGA